GGUUCCUUGCCCGCUGAAGUUCCUGCCUGUGACAGCCGCCUAAUCUCAUUGUACCAGUCCCAAUGAAGGUGAGCGUACCGCCCUGUUCUCUGUUUACCUGAGAAACCUGCAACCCUGUGUUGAUACAGAUUCACGUCCGCCCUCCGGAGAGGACGAAAAACCAGCUGCUACAAGGAUGAAAGGGCUACCGGUGCUGUCCCUGCUCCUCUGGACGUGCGCGGUGUACUUUGUGGGCAUCUACCUGUUCGUGGGUGGGUUCCUGCUGGUGAGGCUGGAGGUGAACAGGACCAGUACAUGCGGAGACGUGCUGAAUCCCGGAGAGGAGCCCACGGAUUUCUGCCGCUCUCAACCGCGAUUUCGAAGAGCUGUCAUCCUCAUAAUCGAUGCCUUGAAGAUUGACUUCGCUCGGUUUGACCCCACCAAAACGGCUCCUAAACCUUACGAGAACAAGCUACCUGUGCUGGAGGAUACAGUCUCAUCAAGGCCUUCUCAAAGCCGCUUGUACCCUUUCCGAGCUGACCCACCUACGACCACCAUGCAGAGGAUCAAAGGCUUCACGACUGGGUCUUUGCCCACCUUUGUGGAUGUAGGCAAUAACUUUGCAUCUAGUGCCAUCUUGGAAGAUAACCUUAUCCACCAGCUUGGACAAAUGGGUAAAAGGGUGGUGUUCAUGGGAGAUGACACUUGGGAGAGCCUUUUCCCCAAGAAGUUUCACAGAUCUUUGCCCUUUCCUUCUUUCAAUGUAAAGGAUCUGCACACUGUGGAUAAUGGAAUCCUGCAGCAUCUCUACACAACUAUGGUGGAUGAUGAUUGGGACAUUCUGGUUGCUCACUUUCUUGGUGUGGAUCACUGUGGUCACAGGUUUGGCCCUGACCACCCAGCCAUGGCUGACAAACUCACGCAGAUGGACGAAGUCAUCAGGUCUGUUAUUGACCGUCUUCAGAAUGACACCCUCUUGGUGGUGAUGGGUGAUCAUGGGAUGACAGAUACUGGAGAUCAUGGCGGAGAAAGUCAAAAAGAGACGGAUGCUGCCCUCUUCAUUUACAGUCCUUCUCCUAUUUUCCCUGGACCCCCAUCUCAGAAUGAGCCAGAUGUGGUGCCCCAGACGGACCUGGUGCCCACCCUGGCUUUGCUGCUGGGAAUUCCGAUCCCAUACAGCAGUGUCGGGCAGGUCCUCCUCCCUUUAUUCCCUCCUCAUGGGCAGACAGAAGCUGCAGUUGUGGGCCUCAGCCAGCUGGAGGCGCUGUGGAUCAACGCAAAACAGGUUAACCGCUUCCUGGAGACAUACUCUAGUAUGGCCAAGGACAUCCCACCUGAUAGCCUCUCUCAGCUAAAGGAUGAGUUUACCCGCCUCUCCUCAGAGUACCUCAGCUCCAUUAGAGAGGGUCGAUCACCCUCCCCACAGCUGGCUUCUUCUCUGCAAGCUUACCUCACCUCUGUCAGAGACACCUGCCGAGCCACCUGGGCCCGAUUCAACCCACUUAAGAUGGGAGCAGGUUUAGCCAUCCUUGCGUUUGCAUGCCUGAUGUGUUUGGUUCUGUCUGAAUUGUCCCUAGCUCUUAUCAGGGAAAAUGAGGCAGGACUGAAGGCUCCGGCUGCUGUGGCCCUAACAGCUGGGGUUUGUGUGGCUGCUGCUCAGCUGCUCACACAGGGAUAUGUGGACUUAGUGUGGUGCCUGGCAGCAGGCGUCUUCAGCUCCCAACUUCUCUUCCUCUGGAGGGCAUGUCUACUCAACACCCCUAUGGUGUUAAAGAACGGAACCAAAUCUCCAAAGUACGCCAGGUGGCUGACCCCACAUCGCCUCAUCGUCCCGUCUCUUGUGGUGCCACUCCUUCGCUGCGCCUCCCUGCUCUCAGAUAGCUACGUGAUCGCAGAAGGCCGGGUUGUGACCUUUCUGGUGUUCUCUCUGGCCCUCUAUAUUCCCAUCCAUCUCAACUGGGAUGGCCUGCUUCUUCCUCCAAGCCACGACCCUCUGAAAUCUGCAGGGCUGCUGCCUUCCCCAGCUUUAUCUCCAUCAACAGUGAGGAAGGAAAGCAGCACCCUCUUGGCCUGUCUGGGAGUCCUCAUUGGCAGCCUGUACCUUUCCCUUUCCUUCCAUGGAUGCAGAGAAGAGCAGGGUUUCUGCCAGCCAUCUCCUUUUCUUUCUCCACUUUCACGUUUGCAGGACACCCAGCUGAAGAACCUGCACUACAUCCUCUCUGUUAUUUCCCUCAGCACAUAUACAUAUCUACUGAGACACUACCUGUGCCACUACGGUAAUCUCAACUCCUCAGGUGGGACCGUGUUCACAGCCCGCUGGAUCCUACCACUGCUUUCUGUGUGCCUGGGGCUCCACUGGGCUGUGAGCGCCACUCCUGAGGACAGCUUCAGAAAUCUGGCUGAGCUGAUCCGCCUGGCGCAGCUGGCCCUCCCAAGGGCCGCCUUCUGCCUCCUCGGACUGGGGCUGUCUCUGAUCUGGCUGGAUCCACUCACUGUGUUUGUAAAGACCAGGGCCACAGCCUCAGCCAGAAGCUCGCAUCUGCCCCCUCCUCGUUACCGUGCCAGCACCGGCAUCAGCCCUCAAGCCGAGCUGCACCAUCUGAUCCCCCAGAUCUACCAACGCAUGCGCCGUUCCCUGGACGAUGGUGAGCUGUGCGGAGGCGGCGAAGCGGACAACAGGCCCGCCGUGGAGGCCUACGGACUGGGAACGGUCUACUCUGCUCCUGUUCUGCUGUUUAGUGGCCUGUUGGGAAUUGGACUACUGCUGCUGCACCCAGAGGGCAUGGCGCUGUCUUUCCUCCUGCUGCUGCUAGAAAUGGGAGCUAUUUUACACAUGCAUGCCUCCUCCACAACCCUGAGUGGCCUGCAUGGAGCUUAUUCUGGGGGCUUUAACGUGCCCUGGACUCCAGUAGUGCUGUGGUCCCUGGCUGCCACCCAGUUUUUCCAUGCCACCGGUCAUUUGCCCACUUUCCCCUCUAUCCAGUGGGGUGCUGCCUUCAUGGGAUUCCCCAAUGGGCAUACAGGCACUAUAUUACCUGCUUCAAUGGUUACCUUCAACACUUUUGCCUCACACAUCUUGUUUGCAGUGGGUUGUCCAUUGCUGCUGUUUUGGCCCCUGGUGUGUGAGGUGCGUGGGAGCAGAGGGCGAGCUUACGGGGAGGAAGGAGAGGAUGCUGUGAUGGAGAUGAGACUGAGAGAAAACCCCCAACAGUUCAGCUCUGCUCUUCUGCAGCUCUCAACACGCUACCUCUUUAUUCACGGAGCACAGGUUUUUUCCUCAGUCUGUGCCGCUGCCAUCCUCAGGAGACACCUAAUGGUUUGGAAGGUUUUUGCACCCAAGUUGAUGUUUGAGGCCUCAGGGUUCCUGGUGAGCUCUGUGUUCCUGCUGAUAGGUGUCACAUUAGUGCUGCGAGUCGACGUGGCCGUCGGCAGCUGGUUUAAAAGACUCAUUCCAGACUCUUCGAGGUAGCAACAGCUCUGCUGCUCCUCUUUCAGCAAAAGUCACUGCUACAUAGUAAAUUGACAGAAAUGUCACUGGGAAGGAUUGUCAUAAAAACAAGAAACACUGACAUCUGUGGAGGAUCCUGACAAACGUGUCAUGUGAAAUUUCCUCUACAGAACACUCAAUGAGGUGUUUGUGUGUUACUGGUAUCAAGAGACUCAAGGAUGUCAAAUCUUGGGACGAUCAAGCGUUGAGACUUUUCUUAUAGCUUUUCAUUAAACUGCCUCACAAAGAGUGAGGCCCUUCAAAGGCCUUUAGUUGCAUGAAUUACAUGUGAACAUCUUUCUCUGAUUGUUGCUUUUUUUAACUUAUGGAUGAAACUACUCAGUUUCUGAAUGCUUCACUCUGUACGGUGCCAAGAAAAGUUAAAUAUGCAGAUGUGUCUGAACUUUAUUGAUACUGUGCAUCCAGUUUACACACUUUAUUGCCUGCCACAGUGGUACAAAACCUCAAAAUUGAAAGAAAUGUAGCCUUUAAUCUUUUAACUUUUCUUUAAAGUUGAGGCCGAAGAUAAAUUUGAAUUAAACACAGCAGCUGAAAUGUGAUGGAAAACACACAAAAAACUGAAUAGAUUCUGUCAGAAAAAUGAGAAAGUAUUUCCACUUGAAGUUUUUGGGAUUAAUGAAGUAGAUGUACGUUUGGUGUCAAGACUUCAGAGUCUUAACAAGAUAACCACUAAAGCUAGUGUGUAUGGAGUUACUUUAUAAUCAGUUUGUAAGAAUUUUUCUCCCAUUUGGUGAGAUCCUUCCAAGUGCGUUACAGACUGUCAUGCGUCUGCUGAGGAAACUUUUUAAAGCUUUUUUUUCCCUCCAUUUUAAUGUUUUAUAUUAUUGAAAUCAAAACCAGUAUGUCUGGUUACUGCCAGCUGCCAUUACUGCAAAGUUAUUAAUGUUUUUACACUCCUGCAGGUUCAUAACCUGUGUUUUUUUUUCUUAGGGUUUUUAAUUUCUAAAUCUAAUACAUUCUAAUAAUUUCAGUUUUUAAUUACUAAUUACAACUUCUUAUCUUAAAUUUACAUACACGUUUUCCAUCAAAAUGGGUGCCUAACUUUAACAAAUGUCUUUUUUCCUUCUUCUUAAUUUGGGUCUGCAGUGUUAUUAAGUUGAUUGGGAGGGUAUUAAAUCUAGGACCUCCAGGAACACGUUCAGUCGAUUUAUUUCAGAAGUCUGAGUCGGUAUCCAGUUUAAGAUCUGUUACUGCACUGCAGCUGCAGUCAGCAGCUCCAGCUCAUUAGCUAAUGCACGACAUUGAAGGGAUGUUAAGCUCAGGUUGAAAUUCCUCAGGCUGCUGUGUGUGGGAGUGAUUGACCGUUAACGGCCGGUUGCUGUAGUGACGUCGCUCCAAAGUGACGCUUUGAUUUGGUUGUACGAUGAUGGGACAAAUUUGUUUCUGUUUUGAAAUGUUUGAUACGUAAAUAACGUUAAUUAAUGAUUUUACAUUCUGUGAAAACUGUAAUAAACUUUUCUACAU